AAUCUGAUUGGUUUAGAGGUUCUUCAAACCACAAGGCGGAAGGAUUUGCAGAAGUACAGUAUUUUUUUAUUAUUUGAUUUGAUUCACGAUUCUUCAAUGUUUUUACAUAUCAAGCGGUGCAAUACUAAACAUUUAUGAUACGCGUUAAUUGUCAUAAUGAAGCAAAUGUAAAUAUGUGCAUCCGUUAGGAUGUUUUGUGUAUGCACUUAAAAUCGCCCCCUGGUUACCGGUGAAGCUUGAUGCUUUGCUGAGAUUUCACACCAGUGCCAAAUUCGCUUGUUUUUGUUUCAUCUCUUCAAGAGGAUCCAGCACACCAAUGAACUUUCAUAAUAUUGCAAAAUGACAACAGAGGUCGAGUUUCUUAGAGACCAAGUGAACCGUUUAAACUCCUUCCUGGGUCGAUAUCAGGAUGAGUUUCCUCCUCCUUCCUCGGUGUCACAGGCUGAAGAUGUCGUUCUGGAGUCUGCAGCCCCCUGGCUGUCAGACAGAGGUCUAAUGGCUCCUCUAAUAGAAGAGUAUGACAGACAUAUACAACAGAUGGAGAUGCAGCUAAAGUUCUAUCAGAGGCAAAUGACAGACGUCAAAGCCAGUCUGGAGCAGGUGGUAAAAGAGAACGAGAGGCUUCAUGCAGAGCAGAGACUGUCCAUUGAGAAGCAGCUGCAGUCUUUCUCCACUGGAACAGAAGGAGGUGCGGCAGCUGACACAAUCGCCAUCAGCAACCUGGAGGAGCAGGUCAAGUGCGCCGUGGAGGAAAAGGAACAGGCACUGAAGAUGUGGCAAGCGGCUGCGCAGGAGUUAGAUCGACUGCAGAAUGAAUACCAGAGCACUGUGAGUGACAGACAGAUAUACGCAGUCGAACGACAACACAUGCAGAAUCAGCUGGCACAGGUUCAACAACACGCCCAAAAACUCCAGCUGACCAAUCAGAAGCUGGAAUCGACAAAUCAGCAGUUCCUGAAGACCGUGGCGGAACAGAGCAGCGAACUGGAAGAAUUACGUAGCCAACUCAGACAAGCCAAGCUGGAGCAGAGAUCAGCCGCAGCUAAAGUGGAAGAGAUGACCAAACUCAUCCAGAACGUCCAGGAUCAAAUGCAGAGGAAGGAAGAAGACGCAGCGGAAGCUCAAGGCAGAGAAGAAACAUCCGACCGAAGACUACAGCAAAUGCAGACUGCACUGACCCAGCUGGAGGCCAGGCUUAAAGCUGCGACACAGGAUUCUGAGUCGGUACGCAGGAAACAGACAGAGUGGGAGAGGCAGGUGGGAGAACUGCAGGGUCGCUGUGCCUCUCUAGAGGAGGAGAAAUUCGAGGCACUCAGUCGCCUCCGGAGCUCCAUCCAGCUAGCCGAGGAGGCCUCACUUCAGAAAGAGCAGGCUCAGCUCAGAGAGAAGCAGAGAGCAGAAGAACUGGAGAAGAUGAAGGAGGCGAUGAAACGGCUCGUACAGGACGCUGCUGUGCGCACUAGGAAAGAGGUGGAUAAUGUCCGUAAGCAGUGCAAUGUUCAGAUUCAACACAUGGCUGAGGAGCUGUCUGCCCUGCAAUUGGAAUGUGCCGAUAAAGAGACGCAGAUUGAACGAGCCCAUCGGGAGAGAAAAGCCGUUGAGGAGGAGUUGGAAAAAUUGUAUAAAGAAGGCCGUGUUGGAGAGCUCGAGCUGAGGAAGUUGGAGGCGCUUCACCAGAGAUGUCUGAACGCCGAACGAUUGAAGGAUGAAGCGCAACUCACGCUCAACAGCACGAUAAACAAGAUGAAGAAGAUGGAGCUGGAGUAUUCGGAGGAGCUGUCGCGCUGUCAGGAGGAGGUGCGGAGGCUGCAGUCGGCCCUGACCAGCGUGAGACAGGAGAGCACGUCCAUCAGCGAGGAGAGAGUCGCGCUGCAGCAGGAGAACCAGAAGCUCCUCAGAGACAUGGAGGCGCUGCGGAAAGAGUGCUCGCUGGCUCAGAGACGUGCCAGACAGCAGGUAUCAUCGAUGCAACAGGAGCUGUGCGUGAAGGAGCAGGGUUUAGAGUCCAGGCUGCGGGAGAUGGAGGAGAGCAGUAAAAACUCCAGCGCUGGUUUGAGCAGACUGCUCCUCGCUCAACAGAAAACCAUCAGCCGGUAUAAAGAUGAGGUCAAGCAGCUCACGGAGGCAUUCCAGCAGAAGCUGAGCAGCCUAAGGUCAGAGUUAAACAGACAGAAGCAGCGUGCUCAGGAACUGGAGAUCCAGCUGGAAGCUGACCAUCAGAAGAUACUGGAGUACGAGAGGCAGGUUUCAGAGCACCAAGAGAAAAACACACGUCUACAAAGGCGUCUCACGCAGGCGGAGCAACGGGCAGCCAGCGCAUCACAGCAGCUGAGUGUGAUGUCACAGCGGAGAAAAGCGGUGUCCAUGAUGGAUCUCGAUACUUUGUCGUAGACCAAAACCACAACUUUGUCGUCUUUCAAGUGACAUAAAGAACAAGCUGUCUGAUAAGCUGUUUGUUUACUGAUACUUUAAGAUUCUGUGAGGUUAUCAUUUUGUUCAUUGUCAGACAGGUUUACUCACGAGUUUGUAACUGUUAAAUGAUUUUUCAUGAAUUUAUAGACGAGUUGUAUUGUUGCUCUGAAGACUUUUGAUGAGAUCACCACCAGCCAUCAAUAAAAAAUUAUUGCAUUAGGAGACAUUGUGAUACAUUUUAUACUGUUGACAAGUGUGUUGCCAAGAAUCAAGAAUUAAAUGCUCUGAAGACCUUCACAAUUUUUUUUUAAAUCAACACAAAAUGUGAAAAAAAUGCAACACAAAAUGUGUUAAAAAAUAACACAAAGGCCCAGUUUCACAGACAAGGCUUAAGGCUAGUCCCAGACUGAAUGCGUGUGACCUUGUCUUAACUGAAUAUAACAUGCCCAGAAAUGUCUUAAAAUAUAUCUUUGCCAUUGUUUUGUUUCGAGAUGCACACCAGUAAUGUAUUCAUCUAAGGCAUUUUUAUAAAAGCGACAUAAAUAUCUAAAUUCAACUAAGGCAUAGUCUUGGUUUAAGCUAAGCUGUGUCUGUGAAACCGGGCCAAAAUGUGUUAAAAAUAACAAAAAAUGUGUUAAAAAUAAUAACACAAAAUGUGUUAAAAAUAAUAAUAACACAAAAUGAGUUAAAAAGUAUUAACAUGAAAUGUGUUAAAAAUCAACACAAAAUGUGUCAAAAAAUAACUCAAACUGCUUUAAAAUGGUUUAAUAAUCAACACAAAAUGAGUAAAAAAAAAAAAAAUCACAAAAUGUGUAAAAAAAAUGGGUUAGGCGUUUUACAAAGUUUGUUUAAAAGUGUAAAACAGCUGCACUCUUAAAAUGGAUGUUAAUUUUAACACAUUGUUUUGUGUUAUUUAUUUAACACGUUACUUUCAACACACAUCGUGUUGAUUUCUAACACAAAUUGUGUUGAAAGUAACAUAAAUGUGUUGUCCCAAGAAAUAACACAUAUUGUGUUGUCCUCAACUGAACACAAAAUGUGUUGUUUUUAACAACUGUUUUUGUGUGUGAUGUUUGCAGUUUUGGUCAGAAUAAGAGUUACAUGUGUGAAUAAUUUCAUUUACUUUUAGCGUGAAAGUCACUUUUGCAUAUAAAAUGUAUUGAUUACUUUUUGUACCUUGGGGAC